AUGUGCCAAGCAUGGACGUUACCGGGGGGCUAUCGCGCCGCUGCCCUCGUCCGUGAUGGAUCCAAACUCAGGAAGAUCUUGUCAGUUCUCGGCGUUUCUAGCGAGAUUGUUGAGUCGCAACUCAUCAUCACAGAAGAUUCAUCCCGUGAUGUGAAGACGGUAGUUAGGCUCCUUCGCAGCGAUCCUGACCUCAUCUUCAGUGGCGUUACAAGUCUUCCCAAAUUCUCAAUAAAUCCAUUGCGCCCAAUUGGCAUGCAGGAUGCCACCAUCAUAGGAGACUCUGCUAUUGCCCUAAUUGAUGCUCUCCGUGAGCUGAGAUCCACAGGCGGACUCUCAAAUGCGCCCCUAUACAUACCGAUAUCGUCGGUUGGUCAUAGCUCACAGCGAGAUCAGCCUCUUCUAUCGAUUCCACUUUACUUGUGGCUCCUGCCAAUCGCCCAGGAGGACACUGCCGUUUUGGAGAAGGUUGUACGUAAAGCAGCCACGGAAGCUAAUUCGCCUCUCGGUGGCUACGUUAUGCUACGACCGCCGCUGUUGACGCAUGGUAAAAUGAAAGGGCGUGAAUCUGUCCGAGUAGGGUGGAUCUGGGAGGAUGAGGCCUUCAAGAACCAAGAUGAGGAGGAGGAGGAGGAGGGAAUUAAGAUUAAAUGGACUAUUAGUCGGCUGGACUUGGCAAAGUGGAUGUUCGAAGAGCUUGUUCAAGGGGAUGCUCACAAGUGGAAAGGGAAAUGCGUCUAUCUUACAUAUUAG